AUGGGGGACCACAGGCAGAGUUUGGCCAAGAAUGACCUUGUCACUGAGGCUGAGAGUGAGGCAGGAAAGGGGCAAGGCCAGGAUGAUUCAGGCCCCCAGGGCCCUGGGACGGCCAGCCAGGGGCCGCCGGGCCCCGAGGCCCAGGAGCCAAAGGAUGGCAGGGCCGUGCCAGGGCUGCAAGGAGAUGUGCAGGAGCUUGUCCUCAAGGAGCAGGCCGGGGAGGAGGCCUUGGGGGCGCAGCACCCCGAGGAGGCCCUCUCCCAGCUGGAGAGGGUCCUAGAGACAGGCCUGCAGGAUGAUGACAUUCCUGAAGUGAGCCGGCUGUCGAUCAGCCACGAGUGGUCUAGGCCUAGAGGAAGGAGAAAGAAGAGGAGGCUCUUUGACUUGGCGAGACCCAAGACCAAUUGGCAAGUCUUGGCAGACAGGCCAUCUGUGUACUGGACAGAGAGGUUCCUGGAGGACACCACCCUCUCCGUCACGGUGCCAGCGGUGUCCCCCCGAGUGGAGGAACUGGCUCGGCCUAAGAGGUUCUACUCGGAGUAUUACAACAACAGCAGGACCACUCCGAUCUGGCCCAUCCCACGGUCCACCUUGGAAUACCAAGCAUCGAACCGCCUGAAGGAACUAGCCACCCCUAAGAUUCGGAACGACAUCUGGAAUAUAAACAUGUCCGAGGUGUCCCAGGUAUCCAGGGCAGCACAGAUGGCCAGCCCCAGCCCGCGGAUCCUCCGACUGGCGAGGCCCAGGUCCCCAGCCACGCUGUUGGAAGAGUGGGACCCCAUGCCGAAACCCAAGCCCCACGUGUCGGACUACAAUCGCCUCCUUCACCUGGCCAUGCCCAAGGCCCAGUCGGAGAAAUGUGUCCCUGACCGAGACCCUCGCUGGGAGGUGCUGGAUGUCACCAAGAAGGCAGUGGCCAGUCCCCGGAUCAUCUCCCUGGCCAAGCCAAAGGUGCGCAAGGACCUCAAUGAGGGCUAUGACAGGCCUCCCCUCGCCUCUAUGAGCUCGCCAUCCCCAAGAACAUCACCAGGAAAGUGUGACCAGCCAGGCGCUACUUGUUUAUACAACUCCUCCCUGGUUGCCCUGUAA